AUGGCGCACUUCUCGUCCAGCUCACAGGCAUGUGCUGCCAUACCUGUUGAUGGGGAUGCCUCUUAUGAACACCAACAACAUUUUGUGUGGCCUGAAAUACAUAAUACAGGGUUGGGCCACCGUGAGCUGGCUGUUCUGCCUCCGAGAGACCUGGCCAUCAGAGAUGACAGCCUUCGCAGCCAGGAAGGACCUGCAGUCCGUGCUCGCUCUUCGCAGCUGGUGCCUUCCGUGGGGAUACAGAGCACUAAGCUGCUUAAUAAAACUUGCUGCCUGAAUGGAGGGACCUGCAUCCUGGGUUCCUUCUGUGCCUGCCCACCUUUCUUCUUUGGACGCAACUGUGAGCGUGACGUACGAAAAGAGCACUGUGGGUCUGUCCUCCAUGGCACCUGGCUGCCCAAGAAGUGCUCCCUGUGCAGGUGCUGGCUCGGCCAGCUCCACUGUUUUCCUCAGACCUUUUUACCUGGCUGUGAUGGUCAUGUGAUGGACCAGAAUCCCCCAGCAUCCAGGACUCCAGGACGGGCAGCCUCUGUGCCGACCACUUUCAUGCUAGCUGGCAUUUGUCUUCUUCGGGAAGUGAAAGUGUAGGUGUCAUAUGACUUCAGCGCCAGUGUCCUGACAAAGACGAUCAUUUGUCAUUCGUUUGAAAAUAAUGCUCAUCCCUGGCACUCCCCGCUAAACACUAUCUGGGCCUUA